AAAAAAUGAAUCAAAUGCAGCAACAGCAGUUUAAUUCUUCCGAUAUCAACUCAAAUAACAACAAUAACGCCAACUUCUGUUUACCAACUGGACAUCCGAAUGCCAAUGUGUACUCAGACGAGAACAAUCUCGAACCGAUUUCGAGUCGGUCAUCCCACGUGACAACUGAAUCGUGCACUCCAGUGUCGAAUGUAGUUGUGAGCAAUAAUAACAUGAGUCAUACGAGCAGUGUCUUGCCCCAGGUGGCGCCUUCUAUGCCAAACAGCGCCGCCUUGACAUCCUCAGCCGACCAGAAAUCAAAACUGAGAGUGGCUCAGCGAACGAAGACAGGUAUCAACAAGAUAGUGUCCACAUUCAAGGCAGGCACUCUGGACGCAGUGAACUCUGGAGCGAUUGUGGCUGGCAUUUCCAACCGCGCCACAGGAGGAGGCAGCAACUCCUCAGUGGCCAAAACAUCCACAGUGUACAGUGGCCAUGCAGAUAGUGUCUGGGAUGUGGACUGGCAUUGGGGUCAGGAUUGCGACGUCAUCGCAUCCGCAUCAUCAGAUCGGACAGUGAAAUUGUGGUUGCCUGGUUGUGGAUCACAAGCAGUGUACAGCUACACGGGACACCAGGGUAGUGUGAACUCAGCCAGACUGCAUCCAAAGGAACCCCUGGUGUUGUCAGCCGGAGGGGAUGGAUCCGUGCACAUCUGGAGGUACUCCAAAGAGCGGAUGGUACAGAGGAAGAAUGCGUUCGCAAAUACACGCAAUAUACAAUCAUCAGGAGACGACGAUGUUUUAAUCGACGAUCUACAACUCGAUCCCUUCUUGCAUAACUCUACAACGAACAAUUCAAACUUUGCUCCGAAUGGCGACUUCAACGACGAAAACACGGUCACAAAUGACUGGACACUGCAACCUCCGAUGAUCGUGAAGCAACCAGAAGUUUUAGUGUGCGCUUCUCCGAGUGCGGUCGUUGCAUCAUAUUCAGCAGGAAUAUCUAAUGCGGUCCCGCCGGGCCCCAUAAUGGCGGCUGAGUUUCUGGGAGGAUUGGUGGCUGGGAACGUAGUAGUUUCAGGAGGCUGGGACCAGCACCUGAUAGUGGCAGACGCGCUCACAGGAAGGAUGGUCCGUGUUAAUGAAGGUCACGAGGGCGGGAUUACUAACAUCAGUUGUGCCAGGAGCUCGACGCUCUAUGCAUCCUCUUCCGAAGACAGAACCUUCCGAGUCUGGGACCUGAACAACCCCCAAAAAGUGUUCGUCUGUGAAGGUCACUCGCGGAAAGUGAGGACAGCAGUAUUCUGUGACUCGGUGAUUGGAGGAGCUUCUAGUGAUGUCAUAAGUGGAGGCAGUCCUUUUCCUCACAUUCUCUCUGCGUCAGACGACUGCUCUCUGAAACUGUGGGACCUGCGAAACAUGUCAUCACCUUUGAUAUCUAUCAGGGCCAAUUCGGGGAUCAACAGAUUUGCCGUGCUGUCAUCUCCCUCUGCAGAUGGGACCUCUCCCAACAGUGAGAUGCUGACUGCCUGUCCCCUGGACAACAGAUCCAUUCGCAUCUACUCUCUUUCCCUCUCAACUGCCAGAGCCAGAAGGGUGGCUUCCAUUCCCGCUUCCGGAACUGGGUCCAGACUCGCCCACUCCACCAGCUCCGCAUCCAAUCAGAGGACAUCUAGCAGCAGCAGCCGUUCAUCCAGGCACCAAAACUCCAACUCCUUCCACGCCAGAAUGGUCACCUCAGUGGCAUGGAGUUCAUGUGGUCGCAAACUGGUAUCUGUUUCUAUAGACGGUGCUAUGGUCGAAUGGAAACUGACAAAAAACUCAUCAAAGCAGUCAACCAAUAGCCAACCGAACAACUCUAAUAACAAUGAACCGGUUAAUAAUUUCUCUCCUUAUGCCAGUACUAACCAGGGAUCUUCCGGAUAUUACGGAACGGCUCUGGCAAAGUAAGAGAAGCUCAGAAGUUAAUGCUUGGUGCUGGUCAGUUAAUAUGAUAAACUCACUGAGUUUUUAGUCCAAUCUUAGUUUAUCAACUCUAAUUUAUUGUACAAUGUAAAUAACAAGCUGACGAUGUUUUGUAGUUUUACUCUAAUCGUAUUUAUAGUCGAGGAGACGAACGGAUUGUAUUUUUACACAUGAAUUUGAAACUUUUGAAUGCCGAUCUAUUUUUCCUUAAAAAAAUUCAAUAUUUAUGACCCUAAACAUGAUGAUGCAUAUGUAAAUUAAAUUAUAGAUUGCGAUAUUUUCCGAUAAAUUUACAUCCAAAGAGCACCGUUUAAUACAUACAAAAAAUCUUCCAGUGGAAAUCAUUGUAGCUCGUCGCUGAUUCUCCCAUUUUUCAACUGCCAGCCUCUUCAAAAAACAAUUAGUGAGUCAAGUAUUUUCAGCGUGGCUACUUGUUUUGUAAAAAUCCAUCCACAAGUUUUAUUUUUGUUAGUUCUGUUUAACUUGAAUUUUGACAGUUAAAAUUUUGAUUUAAAACUUAGAUCUUGCAAUAUAUAUUGCUAUUUAUGCAGUGAAAAGUCAAUCAUUCAGAGCGUGCAGUCAAGUGAGCAGUUUUAGGAUAUAGCUUUGUUUGCUGAUAAAAACGGAUUGCAAAUCUGAUGAAAACGUGCAGAGGAAAUAAAAAUGUUUGGCGAGCAAGGCUUACAGAUAUUUGGGUUCACCGGCAAUUUUGAAGUAUCUAUUCGAUGCGUAAUUGAUUGAAGCAAUGCAGUAAUCUGAUGACAAUUUCUUACAAAUAUUUUAAAUUAAAUUAAUUUUUGCAGUUUUAA